CUCUCUACUUUUUUUUUUUUCUCCUCUCCUCUUGUUUUUUUUUUUCUUCUUGGACCUCUUCCAUUGUAUCAAAUAAAGUAGUGUUUUUUUUCUUUUGUAGGAUGACCACUUUUGACUCUGUUCUUGCUUCUCUUGAAAAACUCUCUAUCAAGCCUACUAGUCUGUCACAUGAACCUGUGGCUGAUAAUAAAGCUUGGAUCGCGACCUUAGACAACCUUUCUUUCGAUCAACCUUACCAUGUCACCAAAACAUUGAUUCUCAAGCCAAAGACUGCCAAGUCAGCUGCCCCUACUCCUGUUGUUGUCAUUGCUUUGGAUACCACUGAAACUAAUGCUACCGCUUUGGGCAAGAAACUCAGUUUGAAGGAUUGUCGAUUUGCAAACGAAGAUCUUUUGAAGGAUACUUUUGCUACUACCAAAGAUGCUGUAUCUCCUUUUGCUUUGUCUAAUGUUACUGAUCUUACUUUGGUACACUUGGUUGUGGAUGCUUCUAUUUUGUCUCUUCCUGCUUCUGACAAGUUGGCUUUCCAUCCUGCUACCUCCGAAAAGACUAUCUUUAUUACUGUAGACGAAUUGAAACAAUACUUUACCUCCAUUAAUAAGGAAUAUAUCGAUAUUGACUUCAAGGCUUUGGCUGCUGCGAAACCUCCUGCUGCUGCUACUUCUAAACCCAAACCCAAAAAGGAAACAAAGAAAGAAGCUGCUAUUGUGGAAGAUGCUCAUCAAAUGGGUAUUGAAUACAAAAAGGAUGUCGAUUUCCCUAAAUGGUAUCAACAAGUCUUGACCAAAAGUGAAAUGUUAGAUUACUAUGAUGUGUCUGGUUGUUACAUUCUCCGUCCUCUUGCUUACAAUGUUUGGAAAGAAAUUACUAAUUUCUUUGAUGCUGCUAUCACUGAAAUGGGUGUUGAAGAUACUUAUUUCCCUAUGUUUGUAUCUAAUCGUGUACUUGAACGUGAAAAGGAUCAUAUUGAAGGGUUUGCUCCUGAAGUUGCCUGGGUUACCAAAGCUGGUUCUAGUGAUCUUGAAGAACCUAUUGCUAUUCGUCCUACCUCUGAAACUGUUAUGUAUCCUUACUUUGCCAAAUGGAUUCGUUCUCAUCGUGAUCUUCCUUUCCGUAUUAAUCAAUGGUGUUCUGUUGUCCGCUGGGAAUUUAAGAAUCCUCAGCCUUUCCUUCGUACUCGUGAAUUCUUAUGGCAAGAAGGCCAUACUGCUCAUUUAACUUUGAAGGAUGCUACCGAUGAAGUUUAUCAAAUCUUGGAUUUAUAUGAAAAGGUUUACACUGAUUUAUUGGCUUUGCCUGUAGUCAAAGGUGUCAAGUCUGAAAAGGAACGAUUUGCUGGUGGUUACUUUACUACCACUGUGGAAGGCUAUAUCCCUACUACUGGUCGUGCUAUUCAAGGUGGUACUUCUCAUUGCUUGGGUCAAAACUUCAGUAAAAUGUUCGACAUUGUGGUGGAAGACCCUGCUACUAUUGAUAAUGAAGAAGCUAAAAAGAUUCAUGUUUGGCAAAACUCUUGGGGUCUCUCAACCCGUACUAUUGGUGUGAUGGUAAUGGUCCAUGGUGAUGAUAAGGGUCUUGUGCUUCCUCCUCGUGUUGCUCUUACUCAAGUAGUGGUGAUUCCUUGUGGUUUAACUGUCAAGACAUCCAAAGCCGAUGCUAACAAGAUCUAUGAUGCCUGUGCCGAUUUAACCAAACGUUUGAAGAAGUGUGGUAUCAAGGUAAAGAGUGAUCUCCGUGAAAAUUAUACUCCUGGUUUCAAGUUCAAUCAUUGGGAAAUCCGUGGUACUCCUCUCCGUGUGGAAUUAGGUCCCAAGGAUAUUCAAAUGAAUCAAGUCACUUGUGUUCGCCGUGAUAACGGUGUUCGAUUUACCAUUCCUUUGGAUGAUGUGGAAAAUGGUGUAAAGGAAACUUUGGAAACUAUGCAUCAUGAUAUGUUCAACCGUGCCAAGGCCAAGCGUGAUGAAUCUAUUAUCCGUGUUGAAAAAUGGGAAGAAUUUGUUCCUGCUUUGAAUGACAAGAAAUUGAUCUUGAUGCCUUGGUGUGAUCGUAUGGCUUGUGAAGAUGAUAUCAAGGAAAGAUCUGCAAGAACUGCCAAUGAAGGUGAAGAAGAAGAUGAAAGAGCUCCUUCUAUGGGUGCCAAAUCUCUAUGCAAUCCUUUCGAACAACCUACUGACAAACCUAUCGUUCCUGGUAUCACCAAGUGUGUUGCUUGUGGUCAAGAUGCUAAGCAUUAUAUGUUGUUUGGCCGUAGUUACUAGAUAGGUAGUAUAGUCAAUCGAUUACCUAUAUAUAUACACACAUACAAUUUUUCAAUGUAUAUAUUUUUAUACACACACAUAGCAUUUUAGUCACUACUUUUUACUUUUUUUUAUUCUUCUUAAAUAAACAUAUAUAUAUCUUUCUCA